AUGCGGCCGCCGCGGAUCGCCAUCAUCGUCCUCUUCUUCGCCGCAUCUCUCUUUCUGCUCUGUCGGUCCAUCAGCUCGAUCCGCCACCCAAACCCUGUCGUGACGUCGUCGUCGUCGCCAAGAAAGUCGUCGCUGGGGGCCUUCUUCUCCUUCACUGCACCGUUUUCUCUCUUUCCGCCGAGCGCCGCGAUCAGCCUCACCGAUGAUAACAGCACCUUCUUUGCAGCGCGUCCAGCGGCGUUCGGUCCCCCCUUGCCUCCUAAGGGACUAAGUGGUCAGCUGUGGGUUGGAAGCGGCUUCUCCGAUGAGACGUUUCAGGAGGGCGAGGGCGAGGGCGAACUGGGAUGUAGCGAUAUUCCGGGGUGGGAAGAUGGAAGGCUGAGAGUAGCCAUCAAGGCCGCCAUGCACGGCGUGUCUAGCAACAGCCAUUCGCGUGUCACGAAGGGCCUCAAGAUAGACGAUCUCGAAAAGGACCCAGCCCCGAAGACGCAUUCUCACAUCGAAGCGAAACGCCUAGACGACGGAACAGACGACCAUCUCCAUCAAGCGGUCACACAGUCGAGAAACCCCUACAGCAAAGAUGAGCCCAGCUCUAGGGCCGGCCACGCCGAUAUCCAGUCGAUGCAAGAAACAGCCGAGAUAACCGGCAAGGUCGCGUUGCUGAGCCGAGGCGGUUGCGGGUUUCUAGAAAAGGUUAAAUGGGCUCAACGACGCGGUGCCAUCGCCCUUAUUGUUGGAGACAAUCAGAGAGGAGGUCCUUUGAUUCAAAUGUUUGCUCGGGGCAACGUCGAUAAUGUCACUAUCCCCUCUGUCUUUACAUCCCGGACAACAGCGCACCUCCUGUCGUCUCUCCUGCAACCCGGAAGUUACAUUGAGGAUGUUAUCGCGGAGAAGGGUGAGUAUCUGAAAGUCCGACACUCCCCGAAAGUGAGACAAGAUGGUCGCGGGAAACCGCUUUUGCCGGGGCGUCGUGUUUCGAGUGCGCCAGCUGCGGUAGCACCGGCUCGAGAACAUGUCGUGUCCAAACCGAACAAACCCUACACCGCCAAACGAGGAGUUUUUUCCCGGCUUUUUCACUGGGGAGCAACUCAUGAGAUAUCCCCGGACAGCAAUAGACCCCCCUCAAGUGGGCGUCUCGACUGGCUCUCGGCGAAGGAUUUCAAUGGUGGGAAUGGCGGAGCUCCUAAAGGCAGCCAAGGCAAAGCAACCCAAAGCAAGGGCUCUCCCAGAGAGAACGGCGACGGUUUCCAGAUUGGAGUACAAGACUGGCGCGACCCUGCUUUCGCUAGACCAGCGUCAGGAAGUGACGAGGCUUCUAAAUCGGAAACGACCGGGAACGAUAACGGCCGCGCCAGUGGUACUGGGCCUCGGGGCGGGAUCGUCAAGCCUAGCAGCGGAGAAUAUCUGUCGAGUCCCAUCGCCGGUUCUACUUCCUCAGGGCCCGAAAAAUCGAAAGUUGACAGCCAACAUGGUGGGAUCUUGUCCAAAAUCUUCGGCAACGACAAUCCCAAGGACGGGGAGACAGACAAGGGACCUCACGAGAAAUCGUAUCCAGCAACCGCCCAAUCGGCCCCGGUUUCACCUCCUCCCGGCGGCGGUGGUCACCGUCGUGAAGGCCUCUGGGUAACGAUCACGCCAACGGGCAGCGCCAGCCCUUUCUUCGACACCCUAUUAGUACUAGUGAUCAGUCCUCUAAUAACACUAACGGUAGUGUACGCGCUUCUUAUUUUGCGGGUCAAAAUCCGGAUGCGAAGGUGGAGGGCUCCUAAAUCCGUGGUGGACCGUCUGCCGGUGCGAACAUACCACACGGUCGCUCCGUCGCCCUCGCCAUCACCCCGGGCGCCUUCGCCAGCGAGCUCGUCGCCUACAACCCCAUUGUUGCAAGGUCCUUCGCGGGCAUAUACUGAGGCUCCGACAACAGACACCGUUGAAUCGGAAGCCUCGGGGUCAAGUAGCACUUUGCAAAACCCGAGGCAGACAGGCCGCGAAAAGAACUUGCGCGGAAUAUCCAGUGAAUGGAGGAAACAUAUGAGUAGGCAGGUGGAGUGCGUUGUUUGUUUGGAGGAAUACAUCGACGGUGUCAGCAGGGUCAUGAGCCUUCCCUGUGGACAUGAAUUUCACGUCGAGUGCAUAACGCCGUGGCUAACCACGAGACGACGGACGUGCCCUAUUUGCAAAAACGACGUUGUACGAUCCCUCGCACGGGGUACUUCGUCCGGGCCGCACUAUGAGCCUUUCCGGGAAGACAGCUAUGAAAGCAACGACGAGGGGUCUUCCGACACAUACGAGGAGGAGCGGGUUCCCUCUCCCAACCAGCUCGAAGACGAUCUCGAGAGAGGCCCUUCAUUCACUCAGAGCUCCCGACCCGGCUGGCGUGUCAACCGCAACGAUGUCUGGUACAGCGUUUUGUCCGGUCGGUUUGGAGGGACCUCCUCUUUCCCGGCCAGCAGGGAAAGCUCUGAAGAAGACCAUCACCGCUGA